ACCGUUUGAAGAUUUAUACAUGCGAUUUGGACCUCCUCCUCUUCCAUUUGAAUUUCUUCGAAACUCUAUUCCUUUUUCUCCUCCACAGCUGCCGCUGCCAUUUGCCGGCAAUCGCCAUCCACCUGCUGGAGUUGUCCCCGCCGUUUAGUGCUGAUAUUUGGCUAUUCGUGUUGAAUGUUGUUUUGUUGUAACGUAUUUUCAUGCCUCCCUGUACAAGGUCCUCCUUGAUGGUAGCCAGACAAAAAGCUGGCGUUCUCUGUGACAGUGUACAGUCCAUUUCGGGCGAAAAUGACUUGAAACUCUGCAUUACAAAUUACUUCAAGGGUGCAUCAGGGAAGUAUAGUCAGAAAUCUGGCCAGGCACCUCUUUGUACUGAUGAUGAGCGUGAGCUGGAAAAUAAGAUGGCAAAACUUCAAAAAGGAAAGAGAGCAAUCCAGUUAGAUUCAACUGAUGAUCAUGUUGAGGUUGUGGCUCCAAAGAGGGGAAAAGCUAUGAAUAAGGGGAAGUUGAAAAUACCUAAACGUACGAGGAAGUUUGGCAAUUCAAGCCCUGGGGAAGUAAAUACUCAGUCAUUUGAAAUUGACAGUAUUAGCUCCCACUUCAGUAAGAGGAAAGAGUCCUGCAUGUCUCCAUCAAUUGGUAUUCCUUCCCCUCCUGCCCCUACCGAUGACAUGUUCCAUUGUCGGACAGCUUUGCAAGCGGUCGAAGCAUAUCUAGCGGCAGUUGAAGGGGAUUUGUUAGAGGAUGAAACGGAAGAUGUCAUUGUGCUAUGUUAUUGUGCCAUGUUAUUGUACUAUGCUUGGAUAUUAGAUGUCAAGCGCUGUGGCCCUAGUCCAAGGUAGACAUUUUGUCUGCAUUCACCAUGUCAUCGUGCUAUGUUAUUGCUUAUGUUUGGAUAUCAGAUAUCAUGAUGUAUGGUUGGAUAUUGGAUUUGCUAAAGCUGUUUAUGCUCCAGUGUUAGCUGAAGUAGUACUUGUGCUCAUGAACUUACGUGUUUGCAGUAUUGAUGGACUUCUUUGUUGGUAGCUUUUAGUUCGUGACUGAGUUCCUUGGUUUUGGAUAAAUGAUGGCACAUAUAGAUGAUAUGAAAUGGUGGCAAAUCAAUAUGAUGGCUGUUUCAUGCUUUCA